GAGCUGGUGGCGACGAAGCUGGAGCUGGCGGAGCUGAAGGAGCUCCAGCUGGUGACUCAGCGCCAGCUCAGCAGGCAGGUGCCGAUCGUGGAGAUGUCGCGGUCGGUGUCCCUGAGCGCGCGCAGCACUGGGGGCGCCUCACUGGGCGGUAGGACCGCCUCGCACCUGAGCCUCAGGUCAUCGGUCGAGUGA